AAAAAACAAAUGUUUUUCUCAUGAGAGUAAUCGCUGUGUUUUAGCCAAUCAGAAAACGGUGAGGUGACAAAUAAAUUACUGUAUAACCAAUGGAAUGCGAUUAGGGCGGGAAUAUCUUUUUUAUCCGCCCAAUGGCAGACGCGGAGUUAAUUGCGGAACCUGUUUGGAAACGUCAUGUAUAUUAGUUCCUUUUGGUGUCGCUAGUGGUAACUUACGCAUGCUGCUUGUAGCAAAGUAGCACGCGAUUUUAACACUUAUUUUAUAUAAAUAUUUAAUGAACAAGGUUAUUUCAGCCACAUUUUAAAUGUAGCGUAAACUUGGUUAUAAAGCACCCACGACACCAAAAAGUCAACUGUAUGAUCAAAAGCCACGUGGAUCAAUUACAACUGUACGUUAUUUGCAGAAUUGGCUGAAAACUCCAGCUCUGUGAACGCCAUGGAAAACGAGUUGAAAGACGAUCCAUGCUCGAGUGAAGAGGCAUUUUCAGAAAAGCCCAAGAAAAUGAAAGCAAAGGCCAAAGGCAAGACAAAGUCUCAGCGUGAAGGGAAGGAGAAAACGCACAGGAAGAUGAAAGCAUCGGAGGAGGAGAUCAUGGAAACUGAAGGCAGUGGUGACAGAAGGUCUCAUGUAAAUGUUAAGGAAGAGCCAAAGGAAGAUCCAGACUUUGUAACAGAAAAGAAAGGGAAAAAGAGGAAAAGAAAGGCGGAUAAUACAGAUGGACUCUUAUCUAGCGCCGAAGCACCUUUGCCAAAGAAGAAGAAGAAGAAAGUUGCAGAUGGACAGGAAAACGCUUCAACAGCAAAGCAGAAAAAAAUGAAGGAAAAAAAAGAAAAGGUGAAAAAAGAGGAAGGAGAGCGUCCGGUCUCUACUAAGAAGAAAAAAACCAAGGAGGAGAUUGAAGCAGCCAGAGCUCUCAAGAUAAAGAAGAAAGAGGAGGAAGAGAAACAAAGAUGGAGAUGGUGGGAGGAAGAGAAGUAUGAGAAUGGAAUUAAAUGGAAGUUUCUAGAGCAUAAAGGACCAUAUUUCCCUCCUGCGUAUCAGCCCCUUCCUGAUGAUGUCAAGUUUUACUAUAAUGGAGAGCCAGUGAAACUCAGCCUGCCAGCUGAGGAAGUGGCCCUUUACUUUGCUCAGAUGCUGGAUCACGAAUACACCACCAAAGAGGUCUUCCGCAAUAACUUCUUCAAGGACUGGAGGAAGGAAAUGACUCUAGAGGAGAGACAACUAAUCAUGGAUCUGAAAAAGUGUGAUUUUGGGGAGCUCCAUGCCAUGCAUAAGGAGAAGGUGGAAGCCAGGAAAAACCUGAGCAAAGAGGAGAAGUUGGUUAAUAAAGAGGCCAAUCAAAAAAUAGUCGACGAAUAUGGGUUCUGUGUGUUGGACCACCAUCGUGAACGCAUUGGCAACUUUAAGAUUGAACCUCCAGGUCUUUUCCGAGGCAGAGGAGACCAUCCUAAACAGGGAAUGCUGAAGAAGAGGAUUCGACCUGAGGAUGUUAUCAUCAACUGCAGCAAAGAAUCUCGUAUCCCAGAAGCCCCAGCCGGUCACAAAUGGAAGGAAGUUCGUCAUGACAAAACCGUAACAUGGCUAGCAAGCUGGACGGAGAAUGUUCAAGGAUCCUGUAAAUAUGUAAUGCUCAAUGCCAACUCCAAACUUAAGGGUGAGAAGGAUUGGGAAAAGUAUGAAGUGGCCCGUAAACUGAAGACGUGUGUGGAUGCCAUCCGAACCCAGUACCAGGAGGACCUCAAGUCCAAACAAAUGGGCACACGCCAGAGAGCCGUAGCCCUUUACUUCAUUGACAAGCUGGCUCUGAGAGCAGGUAAUGAAAAGGAAGAGGGCGAGACGGCAGACACCGUGGGUUGUUGUUCACUCCGCGUGGAGCACAUCACUUUACACGAUGCACUGGACGACCAGAAGUGUGUGGUAGAGUUCGACUUCCUGGGUAAAGAUUGCAUCCGCUACUACAACAAGGUUCCUGUGACCAAAAGGGUUUUUAAAAACCUCAAGCUUUUCAUGGAAAACAAGCAAGGAGGAGACGACCUCUUUGAUCGACUCAAUACUGCUUCGCUGAAUAAACACCUGAGUUCCCUAAUGCCGGGAUUGACUGCAAAGGUUUUUAGGACAUACAAUGCUUCCAUAACCCUGCAGCAACAGCUGAAAGAGCUCAGCAACAUGAAGGAUAAUGUGCCGGAGAAGUUGCUCUCCUAUAACAGGGCAAACCGUGCGGUUGCAGUUCUGUGUAACCAUCAGCGGGCGCCGCCAAAGUCCUUCGAUCAGUCCAUGGCCAACCUGCAGGCAAAGAUUGACAGCAGGAAGGAGCAGCUGGACUUGGCUAAGAAAGAGCUCAAGCAGGCCAAGAAAGAAGCCAAAGGGAGCUCAGACAACAAGCUGCUGGUUGUGGUGGAGAAGAAGAAGAAAGCAGUCCAGAGGUGUGAGGAGCAGCUGCUGAAGAUGGAGGUUCAGGCUACAGACAGAGAGGAGAACAAACAGAUCGCACUGAGCACCUCCAAACUCAACUACCUGGAUCCACGCAUCAGUGUGGCCUGGUGUAAGAACAUGGAGGUGCCGCUGGACAAAAUUUACAACAAAACCUUGAGGGAUAAGUUUGCCUGGGCAGUCGACAUGACUGAACUUGACUUUGUGUUCUGAGUGUGUUUGUUUAUCCUACAAUUCAGCCCAAUAUUUUAUACCGUGUUCAUUGAAACCUUGAAUUAAAUCGUGUGGCUCUUGUGUUCGUUCAUAUAUUUUGCACAUUUAUAUUGUUUUUUUUAUAUCGAUUAUUCAACUUUAGCUAUUCUUAAGUAUUUUAAGACAGUUUAAUAAAUGUUCAUGCUUCAUAUGAAAAA